UGAAAUAGGCGCGUAAACACACAGCCAAGCUGUUUCGUGCGGAUUUCACUAAGUCCACGUUCAAGUUAAAUAGACAUCCAAAUCCAAACAAGUCAUCAGAAAAGCGGGAAGAUCGGACUGCGCCGGAGUGUCGGAGGUGCAUUCGUGACAAGGCGACUACGUGGCAAAAGGGUGCGGAAAUCAGGACGGAUGUCGCCAAGACGAACUCGAGCAGCAACGGCAGAACAAUCUGCUAUUUCCACUAGAUCUAAGACACAAAAAGUAAAAGUAAGCCAGGAUGUGGUCAAGUCAGCACAGAAAGUCAAACAGUCGCAGAGAAAGAGGAAAUCUAAUGUUGAGAGUAAUUUGGAAACAGCCGCUAAACAAAGUGCCAAAAAAGAAUCAUCUGAUCCGGAGGUAACGCUUAAAAAGUCCACAAAGAAGAAAACUACUCGUCGAAAGCUUUAUUUACACAAAGAAGCAGAUACAUCUAUAUCACAAGAAGGCCAGAAUAUGGAUCUCAGUGAAUCAAUCAGAAUAUUAAGAGACAAGCAUUGCAACAAUAUUGCAAUGGUGGAACUUGUCAAGACUAAUUUAUUUCAAUACAAUGCCUCAACAAAUCGGGAUUCGGAGAAAAUGCUUAAUGGAAAAUUACAAUGGAAUAUCUCUGCCACAAGUACAAAGAUAUCGCCUGUCAUAGUUACUCCUAAGAGUACACCUCCCAAGUUUAGUCUUACACCGCACAGAUCUAAAAAGACACCCAAAAAAUCACCAAUCUCCAUAGGUUCUCCAAAGACACACUCAAUAGCCGUACCGAAGCUAUUUAAGAGUCCACGAAAGUUAUCUCUUGCUGCCACAGGCGAGGAUUCUGAAGAGAGUUUAGAAAAAUCAGAUAGUGAUUCUCACAGUAAGAAAUCACGAAAGAGUAAAAAGGACAAGUUAGGCAAUAGUUCCAAGGCCGAUAAAAAUGCAUCAAUGUCGCCAACAGCAAAAAAUAAUCACAAGACGUCUAACUUAAAUUUAAUUGUACAUAAAUUCUCGAAAUCUCCGAAAAUAGUGUUGAAGUCUCCAAAAUCGAAAAAAUCAAAAUCACGUAAAUUAAAAUUAUUAUCUUCACCCCAGAUGCAAAAGAGCCCGAGAAUAACGCCUUCUACUAGUCCUAAUACUACACCAAAUCUUGAGAUUGACAAAUCGUCCAAAAUUAGCUCAAAAAAAUCUCCUUUAUCCAAGGGAAAGAAUUUAUCAUCAAUCAAAUCACAUUGUUUAAGUCCAAAAUUAACAAAGAUAUUGACGGCUUCACAAAUGAAAGAUAUGCUGGCUAAACCAGUAGUGGUAUUGGAUAAGUUAUCGCCCGAAAACAUGAAACAAAAACAUGUAGUCACUAGUAAAACUCGAGAUACUUUGAUCAAAGUAAGAUCUUCAAAUGGGACAAGGAACAAUUUGAAAGUAAUAAUAAUACCAGUUGAGGACGUUUCUAUUAAGCGAAAUUCUAAUUCUGAAUUAAAAAGUAAUAGUAUGGAGAAACCACGAAUUAGUAAUGCUAAUAAAAUAUCAAGACUUAAAUAUAAUACAUUAAUACAAGGAAAGAUGCCCUUAGUGUCGUCUACUCCACGAGAGGAAAAAAUGAUAUCAAGAAACACUAGUUUGUUGUCUGAUACUUCUAUUGAUUCUGUAAAUAAUACUUCUCUUAAUACCAGAUUAAGACGUCAAGGACAGACAAAAUAUCAAUCCAACAUGCAGCUAGCUAGUACAAUGGAUAAAAACACAGACAUUGAAGAUGUAUUUUCACCUUCUCUUUUUAAUAAAGAAAUUAGUGAUACUAGUCAAUCUCCCCUUGUAAAUGUCACGAAACUAAACACUACUUACGACAAGGAUGAUUUGGUGGAAAAGAAGCAAGAGAACAAUACCUAUGAAUUGGAACAACCACAGACACUAAGCUUACGACAAAUGAUCAGAAAGCGCAAUUCAACAGACGCGAAUUUAAGCGUCUUGAGAGGUAACGUUAAAAAAGCUAAAGUGCGUUUUGCGGAUAUAUCAUCUGACGCACAUAGUGCACAAAACUCAAUUAACAAGCUGAACGAAUCACGAUCGAGUAUAUUACAUAAUGUUAAUGCACAGCAUAGAAACAAUGUUAUGAAUUCAACACAAAAAUCGAAAAAAGCUGAAACUGCAAAGUUUACUCGGAAUACGCUGAUUUCUCCUUUCAAGAACUCAAAUCCAAGAACACACGGAGGCACACCGGUAGUUCAGUUGAAUACAAUUCAAGUAACACCAAAAACCUUUGCAUCAAUUGAAAAGAAAUCAGAGAAAAAAUCAUCGUUGAAAAAAGUACCAAAUUUCGGAAGAAUACAUGAACAAAUGUUUGCUAAAUCAGAAUCGCUUGUAGAUGCAAAGAAACGUUUGGAAGCUAGACAUUUAGCGUUCACUACGAACAAAUCAUUUUCAAAAGAUACGAAAUCGGAACAGAAGAAACUAUUACCAAGUGACACUAAGGAUGGUAUUCAUAACAGAUUUGGGUUUAAAUUGAAAAAGUCAGAAGCUACGCAUCUUAUGUUGAAAAAGCAAACUGUUUUUUCAAGGCAAAAACAGCAACAUGAAGCGCGGAUGAUACUGAAGGGUGUACGAACAAAUCGACGGUUUGAACUGCAAAUGAAGUCUCGAAAUAUAAAUUUGUGUGAAGAUACGUAG